AAAUGACCAAAACACUUCAUUGGUUUUUACCCUUCUGCCUAAAGCUUUGAUAUCCCUGCUUGAUGUUCUGUGAAUUCACUGUUUAAUCUCUUAAGUAAAAUAAUAAACAGUCCUGGUGACAUACAAUCUAUUGAUUUAGAGGAAAGGCCCUGAAAAAGUAUUGGAAACUAACUUUAGAUAUACUCUUAGCUAUCAUUUCGCAUCGUGGGCUUCAUGGGAAGAACAUGUUGCAUUUAUUUUGUCUUUAUUAAAAGACUACUAGCCACAAGUUACUCUGAUUGUAGUAACUGUUUUAUCAACCUGCUUUGAUCUUCUUUUAGAAAUUAAAUUUACAUUCACAAUUCAAAACAGUAAGCUGUCUUUCAGAACUAAUUUUUGAAGGAUAAAAAUAUAUGAAGGAAAAACAUGGCCUGUGUAGGUUGCAUUCCCUACACAGGACUUAACUAGUUGUAUCACCUCAAGAGAUUUUAGAGUUUGUGAUCAAGGUCUGUAUAUUACCCCAAAUUUUAUUAAGAAUUGUUUUCUAAUUGGUUAUAACAUUUUUCAAUUAAUAAUUUCAAAACAAAUUGUUAAUACAAACUGUAUAAAAUGAACAUAAUUUUCUUCACUUGUAUUUUUGUUAUUGAGCAAGUUUAUCAAAAUAAAUUGUCUACUAAAGAAACUAAAAAGGCUUCUAUUGCUUUGAAAUAAGCUUUGAUUUUAAGAUUUUACUUCAGAAGUUGAAUUCUUACAGAGGUUUUACCUAUUCACACAGUGACAGUGCCGUGCCUCUUUGUUUUGUUUUAGCAUCGGGCAGGGGGAAGGUCUCCGUCUCUUUUUACACUCCUGCUCCCAGCUCCUUCCGUGGCAAGAGAUGCCAUUAUUCUAGAGUGUAGAUGAGGCCAUAUUUACCAAUAGGAAGAGUCACUCAGCAGUAAAAAAAAAACAAAACAAAAAAACACAUAUACACAUGUAUGUGGCUUUCUCUUCUGCAUCAUAUUUUUAUGGACUGGGAGAGAUCUACUGAGCCAAGGCCCUCAAAGCCAGCCGUCUUGUGUUUCUUCCUCACACAUAGACCUAAGCCAUUCAUCUUUGCUUCUGUUUCUACUUCACUGCAGGCCAAAGGAUCUUAACUUCUAAGAUUUUUAGAUUGGGAUUGAAGGAGAGUACAGAGUCUCUAGACUCAACCAUGUGCUCCAUCACAGCUUUACUGCACCUUUCUAGAGGGGUCUUGGGAUUAGCCCAGCUGAGUAAUAGCUAAUAAUCAAAUAAAGCACUGCAUUUCCUCUUUGCUGCUGUUUCUCCUUUAUAUGGCCUUUACAGGAGACUCAUGGGGAGUAUGAAGAUAAAGACAAGAUAGGAUUUGGACAUCCUUGAGUUCUGGAUCAUGAAGGCAUCUUAUCUUCUUAGGGUGGCCAGUCAUCCCCAUUUGCCUGAGACUGAGGGGUUCCCUGGGACAUGAGACUUUCAGGCCUAUAACUGGGAAAGUUCCAUGCAAAAGGGAUGAGCUGAUCACCCUAUCUUUAUACCAUCCAAAUCUAUCCUGAUGUAUAACACAUGAGAGGUAUUUGAAGAGUUCCGUAAAUAUUAAUCGAUAGAUCAAUUGGAAAUUGUAAUAGUAGACUUCCACUGAACUUAUAAGACAGCGGGAGAAAACACUUUUCCUUCUUUUUGGUAAUAAUUUAGGAAAAAACAGACUGGCUUUAAAAACAGUAACAUGAAGGCACCUGACUGGCUAAGUCGGUAAAGCAUACAAUUCUUGAUCUCAAGGUUGUGAGUUCAAGCCCCAUGUUGGGCAUAGAGCCUCCUUAAAAAACACAGCAACAAAAACCAUAAUAACAUGAGUCCAAAAACACAUUUUGACUUAGUCUUGCACUAACUCUGUUCUAACCACCGUAUAAGAAGAUUUUAGGAAAAAUACCAAGACUAAAGGACUGGGUUCCUCUUAUGCAAAGUCAACUCUUCUGGGUCACAGUUACCCAGCAACAAAGUAAAAGUAGGUAUUUAUAAAUGGAAUCAAAGAUAGAAAGCAUAAUGCUGUAUUACUUUUUUUUAGAGUUUUGGUUCUUUUCCCAGGAGGAGAAAACAAUGGGAUGGCAUUUUCAAGCACAUUCAAGUUUUCUACAAUUCAGUCCCAGUUCCACUCACAGACUUAUGACCACCCAAGAAUAAAUUUCAAGAAGAGAUUUCUCAUGAGACUCAUAAGAUUGUAGAGCUGGAUGAAAUCUAAGAGAGCAUAUCCAGUGUUAACUUGUUCGAGAUGAAAAUGAAGGCCAAGGCCUCAGAAAAGUAUACCGACUUUCCUAAAGUCACACAACCAGCAGAGCCCUCAACCCAGGAGAAAAUGCCUUUGAUAAAUAGUCAUUGGGCAGUUGACCUAGGAGAGCUGUUCUGGUCUACAGCCAUCUGAACCAGUCUUCCUUCAACUUCGAUCUACUUCGAUCCACCCGAAUAACUUCUGCCAAAAUAAUCUUAACACGAAAGCAUAUCGUUUCUUUUGAGUUCCUGUCCUUCCUAAUCUGCAGAAUGCAGUCCCAUCUUCGUUAACAUAGCUUCAUGAUGUGGCUUUCGGUUUUGUUUUUUCCCCACCACUGUAUCUUUUUUUUUUUUUUUUUUUUGUAGUUUUAUGGUUUUAUUAACACAAAUACAAUGUGCACAUAAGCUGCUUGUCCAUUCAUUUUCUUCGCUGGCGCAGCCUGGCAUUAGGAUUGGUGACUCUAAUGGACAGUUGGGCUGCUCUUUCCACAGUGGCUUUGUGGUUCUAGGAGGAGACAUUCUUACCACUGUAUCUUUUCAUCCUACGCAGACAAGCCAGCUAUUCUCCAUUCUUUCACUACACCUGCUCUUUGUCUUAGUUGUGGCUGCACUACCUCCUUCUCACAGUUUUCCCUAAUACCUCUCAUAUUUGCAACAUAUUUAAGUUUUUUGUGCUUCCUCUCUUUGUUUAUACCUCUGUAAAAGAACUUAUUUGGGGCAAGUAGAGUGCCUGGAUUCAAAUGCUGCUUCCAAAAUUCUAGCUGUGUGACCCUUGAUAAAUCACUUAGCCUCUGUGAGCCUUGGUUUUUUUCACCUAUAGAAUGGGGCUAAUGUCGUAGGGUUACUGUCGGUUCAAAUGAGAAAACAAGGAGAGCACCGGGCACAUAGUAAGCAUUCAAAUGUUAGUUGCUGCUGUUCUUAUUUAUAAAUACUUGAUCACUGGAUUACAAACUCUUGAAUGCAAGGAAUGUGGCUUUCUCAUUUUCCUUAGAGACCUGGCACAGUGAUUUACAUGUGAACUGAAUUAUCAUAAUUAAAUUUGGGGCUAGGUUACAAAGAAAAAUUAUGAAACUGUAUUUGAAAGACCUAAUCUCCUGUCUGCCAGGAUCAUUUCAGUGAAAUCCUUCGUAAAAGCAGAGGCUUUCCUAGAUCAGCCUUUCAUAAGUAAGUGUGGUUAUUUUAUUGGUAAGUAUUUGACCGUGUAAUACGCCAGUUUCUUUAGGAUGUAAGACCUAAGACCAUUACUACUCAAGACCCUUUGUGGACUCAAGACCCUUUACUACUGAAUUCACAGUGCUCUCAUGUGGACACUAAUGCUAAAAGGACCAGGAUGAUGCAAGCACCCUGUUGAUCCUGAGAUAACUCUCUGGAGGCUUCUUUCAAGCUUUUGGGUCUCAGCUAUCUAGAAGCCACAGAUUUGUGAGACAUCAACUAUUCCAGCCUGAAUGGUGCAGUAGUUCGUGUCCAUCCCACACUCGGGCCAUGGCGAAGUUUGGUGAGCUGGGAAGACUUUCUCCCUGGACUGAGGAUGCAUUUCCUCUUAGACCUUGGCAUCUCAAAGUGUUGCUACCAAACAGUAGGUCUCUAACUCCCUCUGAUUUUCAGAUACCUGAUUUCUUGACCUCUGUCUCUGUCAGUAACAAUGACCUUUCAGUAUUGAGUUUUGCUUCUUGUAAAAUGUUGAAAAAUCUAUGUAUCCUGGAGCAAUGGGAAUGGUGAGGGUAUUAAACUACAUGUCUUGGGCAUUCAUGUCUUCCCAAAUGGUGUCUCAAAGCUAGCCAGCCCCUUCUACCCAGGAUUUCCAGUAGGGUGGGCACAAGGACCCUCACCUCUUGUUCACAGACUAUUGGUUGGUUGCUUUCGGCCUUUUCUGACCUCCUUACUUCUCUCUGAUCUCCCUCCUCUCCUGCCUUGUUGGGUGUCGACGAAAUGCCCUUCCAAAUGCCACACUACUCUCAACCCAUGACUACUCUGCCCACAGUAACGGGUAGGUAAACAAUGUCAAUUUUGGGGGGAUUUUUUGUUUCCCAUCUGGCCUAAAGGAGCCACUAGUAGUGUCAACAUUGGAAGAGGUACUCUGCUGUAUGAUGGUUACCACAAGUAGCACAUGCUCUAAAUUAUAAAAUCAAAGGUUCAUAAAGUGAAGAUAGUGAUUUGAGAAAUUACUUAGAUGAACUAAGUAGAGACCUCCUAGCCUUUUACAAGCUGGUAGACAUUGGGUACAUCACUUCUCUCUUGACUUCCAUAAAAGGAGUUGAGUUGAACAGGUCCCCAACUAAGGGUCAAGGGCUGGUUACAUCACAAUCACCUGGGACCAUUGUUAAAGAUUCCUGUUCCCACACUCUACCACAGUUCUGUACCAGUCUCCCAAAUGCGAAUAUGUUUUCUUAGCAAACAACCCAUGGGCACCUGGGUUUGGGAACCACUGCAGUGGAUGAUAUCUUAUGACACUGAGAGGUCACUGAGCCCGCAGCUGUAUUAGCCAGGUUUGGAUGAGGACACACCUGGUGGGGGUGAAGGAAUGCCAGGUCUCUCUCAGGGUGUGUGCUGGGGAGACCCCAGAGAAUCUGAGGAGUAGAGACAGUUACCACCUUUCACGCCUGACCUAGCGCCUUGCAGGCUCUCUGCUCUCUGUCUUCAGUUCCUACCACAGGAUGUAACCUGGGCUCUGUACUGGUCUAAACUAGAAAUAGAAAAGAAGUCCAAACCCUGCUUCCAGGCUUUUGUAAAGGUGGAGAAAAGCAGAGUGCCUGGGGAGAGGUUGUUAUCAACGACAAAGUGGUAAUGUCCUCCCUGGGGUGAGGGCAGGUUUUUUGGUUUUUGGUUGUUGGGUUUUUUUUCCCCCCUGUCCCUGCCUCAGGCUAAAGUGGUGCAGUCUGUUACCUUGGAGACCAGCUAACACUUCCUGGCAGGGCGAGCUUCACUGUGAAGUCGCUUGGAGGAGCUUAGAGGAAGUGGGAGCCAGGAAAAGCAGAGACCUCUCCUCUCCCAGAGAUGGAGAAAUAAAUGAAGAAAUGCAGGUGAGGGAAAAUAAGUGUUGGGUGUUUUUAUAAUGGCUACAGAUACUAGUCAUGUCUUCCAUGGUCAAGAUGAUAAGUUUCUGGAAAACCACUGUGUAAGGAGAAACAAUGACAGAGAUUCAAAGAAGCACUUGGACCAGAAGGAUAUCCAUGGACUCGGCCAAAAUCCAGACAAUGGACUACUGGUUACACAUGUUAACCAGACACAGGAUUUACUGAGGCUACAGGGAGACGAGACCCAACCUUCAGCUUGGGAGGACCCGGAAGACUGGCUUUCCACACACAGUUUACAGUUUGAGAGGCUCACCUUGGCUGACCUGAUGAGCCAGGGCACCACAGUACUGCAGGAGGGCAGCGAUGUCAUGAGGAAAGUGCACUUCUCCACCCAGAUGAUCCACCAAUUUGAAUCAAAGCUUUCUGGAGCUAUUGAACUCUAUCAACAGAGAAUCCAGUGGCUCACAGAAAGCAGCAGGAAGGCAUUUGGCCUCAUCAAGGGAGCCAGAGUUGGCAUCAUCGUUGAUGUGUCCGCCAUUGGCAGUGGCUCUCAAAGAGAGGAGUUCCAAAAUGACCUCCUGAGCCUCAUUGAUGAGCAGCUGAGCCACAAGGAGAAGCUGUAUGUCCUGUCCUUCGGCACCAGCACCAGCGCCCUCUGGCCAGACCCGGUGGAAGUCAGCCCCUCCACCCUCCAGGAACUCAAGCUCUGGGUGAAGAAGCUCCAGCCUGAUGGGGGCAGCAAUCUGCUACAAGCCCUGAGGAAAAUCUUCACCCUGAAGGGACUGAAUUCUCUGGUGACCAUAAUGGGCAGCUGCCCAGAUCAGCCUUCUGAAAUUCUGUCCAACUACAUCCAACAGUCCACUGUGGGACGGGACCUCAUCACCCACAUCAUCACCUACAAAUGCAACGAUCAGGUGCCCCCUGCUGUCCUAAAGAACCUUGCAGAAGCUCUUGGGGGCUACUACCACUGCUAUAGCACAGAGACGGAGGUCUAUACCAGUUGGGACAUGGACCAGCUCCUGGCAGAAAUCCAGAAGGCCCAGAGCCUCCUGAGCCACAUCCAAGCCUUGCGCAACAGGACCCCCAAUGAGGAGCUAACGGGCAUGAUGAAGGAGAUUUCCACAGAGAUUGCAAAAGGGCCACUCACAGGUCUCUUGCCUAAACCCCCAAAGCAUGAGGGUCCCCUCACAAUUGAGUUCCCAAACUUGGAGAAGACUUCUGCAGAAUGGCUAAAGAUCAAUGGCCUAAAAGCCAGAAAACUAAGCCUUUAUCAGGUUCUGGCACCCAAUGCAUUCUCUCCCGUGGAGGAAUUUGUGCCUAUUCUCCAGAAAACAGUAUCUUCAUCUAUCUAUGAGAAGGCAAUGGUACAAUUUGAAUGGCAUGACGGGACAGUGAAGAAUGUUCAUGUGGACCCGCCCUUCCUCUAUGAGUACCAGAAACAGCUCAGCAGAGCUAUGCGGAUGUAUGAGAGGCGGAUCGAGUGGCUCUCGUUGGCCAGCAGAAGAAUCUGGGGCACCGUCUGUGAAAAAAGGGUGGUUAUACUGCUGGAUAUCUCUGUGACCAAUUCCAUGUACAUUAUUCAUAUCCAGCACUCCCUGCGGCUUCUGCUGGAGGAGCAGUUGUCCAACAAGGACUGCUUCAACCUCAUCGCGUUUGGAAGCACAAUAGAAAGCUGGAGGCCAGAGAUGGUUGCCGUGAACCACGAAAACUUGCAGAGCGCCUGGCGUUGGGCCCUGACUCUGCAGUGUCACGGCAGCAGGAACAUCCUCAGCGCCCUGCGGAAGGCUGUGGAAGUGGAUUUCAAGGACAAAGACGGUCACCAGUCUCAGGGCAUCUACCUCUUCACGGGUGGCAUCCCUGACCAGGACGUGCCCAUGCUCAGCGCCUACAUGGCUGAGGCCUGUGGGGGCUGCGAUCUCCAGCUGAAUAUAUGUCUCUUCUACGUGGGCGAGCCCCAGAUGGACAUCAUGCCCCCUGCCUGCUAUGCCAGCCGCACCGACACAGCCGCUGCCUACCGGGAGAUCACCCAGGCCACGGCCGGACGUUUCCACUGGUUUGGAGACACAGGUAUUUAUGAAAGCGAUGACAUCAAUGCCAUCGUGUCUGAGAUGGAAAAGGCUCUCAACUACUCCCAAAAGUGUGCCUUACUGGUGUCCUCACUGAAGAACCAGUCUGGGAAAGAAGUGGAAAGCUCAGCCCUCCUGAAAGAAAAACCAAAGAUGUUCAAGCAAAGAAGUCAGCCCAGGAAACUCUAUUCUUCCAAGCCCACAGCUCCCUCGGUGGCCAGAAUGAGCCUUAAAGAUGACCGUGACAGAAAGAAGAGCUCCCCCUUGGAAGCUCUGACAUGGCGGCCACUUAGUGGCAAAGCAGGCGUCCCACCAGCUUCAGCCCAGCCAGUGAAAGAAGGGACAGCAGAAUGGAGGAGGAAGACCAAGUGGAGGGAAGCAGAGACGUCUCUCUCACUGUUUUAUACGGAGACGGGGAAUAACGUGGGCUCGGUCUACAAGAAAUACCCUCAAGGAAGGGGAAUACAAAGGGUUAGCUCUUCUAUCCAGUUGCCCAGGAAGGAUGCAGUUUGCUCAAGCCAAGAGUGGGUAGCAAAUUAUGGGCUCAAAAAACUGAGGAUGGAAAUCUCCAGAUACAUUGGUCCCAGCUGCACUCAUCAGAAGUCAGCCCAGGGGCUGGUGUCAGCCAAAUACUGCAACAUCCUGCCCAGUAUAGAGAUCAAUGGGGUGGUGAGACAUAUCCAGUGGACGCCCAGGGAAAUGGAAGCAUACAUCACAUGUCUGGAGAAGGUGAUGAGGCGCUAUGUCCAGAGGCUGCAGUGGCUGCUGUCUGGGAGCCGCCGAUUAUUUGGCACCAUUUUGGAGAGCAAAGUGUGCAUCCUGGUGGACACGUCGGGAUCCAUGGGCCCCUACCUGCAGCAGGUGAAGACGGAGCUGAUUCUGCUGAUUUGGGAACAGCUGCGCAAGCACUGUGACAGGUUUAACCUGCUCAGCUUUGCGGAGGACCUACAGCUGUGGAGGGACACUCUGGUGGAGACCACAGAUGCAGCCUGUCACGAGGCUAUGCAGUGGGUGACCCACCUGCGUGCUCAGGGGAGCACCUCAGUCUUGCAAGCAUUACUGGCAACCUUCAGUUUUCACGAUGUGGAAGGAUUGUACCUCCUGACCGACGGGAAGCCAGAUACAAGCUGCAGCCUUAUUCUGAAUGAAGUCCAAAGACUCAAGGAGGAAAGAGAUCUGAAACUGCACACCAUUUCCCUGAACUGCUCAGGCAGGGCGGCGGUUGACUUCCUGAGAAAUCUAGCCUCCCUCACGGGGGCCCGCUAUCACUGCCCUGUUGAUGAGGACACACUCUUCAAAAUCCACGGCCUGCUGACCAAGGGCUUCAUGGACGAAAGGGACCCCGUAUUGCCACUAUUUGAAGGAGAUGAUUUGAGAAGAUUGGCCCAGGAGAUCACCAAGGCCAGAAGCUUCCUCUGGAAGGCCCAAUCCUUCAGGUCUCAACUCCAGAAGAAAAACAACACAGAACCAAAUGUCACUCUUUUCUAGAGAAGGGUUCUCAGCACACCCUACACUCCAGCCACAAAAUUAUCACUCGCUAGGAAGCCUUGCACCAAGCCCUGCCUGGAAACGCCCUUCUUACCACCCUCUGCCUGGUGACUCCUGCUCAUCCAUCAAGGCACAACUCAUAUGGCAUCAGCUCCACUGUGAAGAUGUCCCUGGGACCCAUCAAGAGCUGGGAGCCUCCAGCCUUCCUCCCACUGCAUCCAGACCAAACAUCUGUUUUCACGGCAGUGACACUUAGCAUUUAUGAUGCCUAGCACUCCAUACCAUGCUUCCUUACUCCCUUUGCCAACUCUUUUUCUUGGCUGUGAGCUCCCCCAGAAUGAGGCUGGUGUCCUAGGUCCCCAGAACCUGCCACAGGGGCAGACGUAGUAAACUGUGAGCAUCCAGCUUAGCUGUGGGAGUCCAGCUCUGGAAACCAGCCAGAGCAUGUUAUUUCUGCCCUGGUCCCCUCACCCUCUGCUUCCCACCACCCUGGUCCAGGGGGGGUGAUGCAGAUUCACCAUCAGCCCAUCUUGGGAACAAAAACCAGUGAGCCUUACCACCUGCCCCCUACCUGUUCAACCAAACUGAAUUAAGGUCUGCCCUGCUCAAGCGGGUGAAAAUUGGAUUGAGUCCACUGGGCCCGGCCCUGCUGUGUACAUAUGAAAUGACUGUCUCGUGUAUUAUGUGGUCUGAUUUCCUGAGAUGAGAAAAAAUUGCUUUUAUUUAAUUAAAUAGAAUCAAAAUGA